GUUGACGUAUCAGAUGGUCUUGUGAAUGGUGCAAGAGGUGAAGUGGUCCAUAUUGCUACUAACAAUAGCAAUGAUGUCACUAGCAUACUUGUGAAAUUUGACAAUAACACAGUUGGCCUCAAAUCAAUUCAGACAAGCCCACAUCGAGCUAGAUUUGCUAAUGCUGUACCACUAAACAAGUAUGAAGUUGUGUUCUUUGCCAAAGGAAAACGUGGAUCUGAAAUCAAACGUUUGCAAUUCCCACUGACACUAGCAUGGGCUACCACAAUACACAAAGUACAAGGUUACACUUGAUGAGAUUGUUGUUGAUAUGAAAGGUGGCAGAUUCAGUCCUGGACAAGCAUAUGUUGCAUUCAGUCGUGUUAAAACACUAACUGGCCUGCAUAUUCUAAAUUUCAAUAGCAAAGCCAUUAAGAAAAGCAUUGAUGUGGAAAAUGAGAUGUUCAGGCUAAAUUCCAACCUAUUGCAACCAGUGUCUCAAGUUACAUGUGACCCAUCAUCUCAUGUUACCAUUGCAUUGUUGAAUGUGAGAUCAAUACUAGCCAAAUUGCCAGAUAUUACAGCUGACCACAGUCUCAGAUGUGCUAGCAUACUAUGCUUUUGUGAAACCUGGCUAAAUGCAUCUCAGCCUUCCCCUGUGUUACUAGAUGACCAGAUUGACAUCAGAUGUGAUAGAGUUACAUGUGAAAACAAAGGUGGAGUUUUGCUAUGUGUUCCUAGCCAAAUGAACCCAUCCAAUGUACAGAGAUUUGCAACAGAUGGCAUUGAGGCAGUAUCAGCUACCAUACAGUUACCCAACGCAAGCAGUAUUCAAAUAGCAGUGGUAUACAGAUCACCUAGUGUCCCCAGAGCAACAAUGAUCACUGUGCUGACUAGACUGUUAAGACAUGUAACACUGUGCAACACACCUUGUGUCAUACUGGGCGAUUUUAAUGAAGACAUUGUACACCAUCAUAACUCAGCAAUUUUGCCACUUAUGUCAAGUUUCAGUUUCCAACAGCUUGUGCCGUGCCCAACAACAGCUCAAGGCACACUGAUUGACCAUAUAUACUAUCGGAAUACAUCUGGCAGUACUGUGUCUGCUAUAGUCCAAGUGCAAGAUACCUACUAUUCCGAUCAUGACACUGUCUAUUGCAGCAUUCCAUUGUGAAUUGUCUAACUAGCAUGUCAGCAUAUUUUAGCCAAAUUUGUGUCAAAUAGCAGCCUAUCAACUUGUGUACAAAAUGCCACACCAUGAGCCUGUUUGAAAGCCAGUGAAGCCUGAUAUUGAUGUAGCAAAAGAAGCCAACCAAAGCAGCCAAAAGCAAUUAUUAGGCAAAAAUAAACCAACCAAAGCAGUCAAAAGCAAAACCAGCAAUCAAUGCAAACCAGUGAAGCCAAUGCAAACCAAUGAAACGAGAAAAAACAUGUUCCUGUGUCUACUCCAUGGCUACCAAUGAUGAAGACACAGGUCUGAGGUGUAUAUACCAAUGAUGACCCUGGAACUCUGAGGUAGUCACUGACUAUGAAGAACAUGAAAGGUGGGUUAUAACAUACUGUGUGCAACUUCUCAGUUUUAUAGUCAAAAGGAGAAGCCUUUUACAUUGAAUUUUUAUGUACAGAUGGUCCCACCCACAUUGUGUAGUAGGCCUGAAAACAGCAAAAACACACACCCCAAACAUUUUCUGCUCUAUAGAUAUCAUUGUGUUUUACAUGCAGGCUAUCCUCUGAUCUCAAGUCAGCUCUGAUUUCCAAUCACAGCCCCAGAACAAGCAUGCACCUAUUUGGACCCCAUUCUCAGUGACUUUUCACCAAAACUUAUGAUGUUGCUGCAAAACUGAUAUUAUGUCAUGCGCAGUUGGACGGUUCUCGCGCAUGCGCAGUGUACUCCUGGCCACGUGUAUUAGUCGCCACCAUCUUGUUUGCUAUAUAGCUGCCCAGUUUGGUUGCUCGGCCAAUAGCCACUUUCAUCAUCUCCUCCCCCUCCUACUUGUCGUACAGUGGACUGCUACUGUACUGAGCGGACGGAGUGUCAAUUGCUGUUCACUAAUCAUGGCAAAGAGGCCCUUGACAUUUGAGGAUACAACUCCUAAAAAACACUUGAAGCAGGACUCCUCACAAACACCCAUUUCGCCAACAAAUAUCAAUUCUCCAAGUUCUAAUGCAACUGUUCAUGCAUUAAUUGCAUCUGUCUCGCCUCUCAAACCAUCACGUUAUUUUGACGGAGAAAUAACUGAUGGAGAAUCCAUCACCAGAAUUGUCGGAUUUGACAAGGCUCAAAGGCAACUUCUUCUUUCAUUCUGUGACCGAAAGGUGGCCAAUAAAUUGCCAAAUUCAACAGAAUAA